GAGCAAGUAGCUGUAGAUGGAAAAGAAACAACCUAGUGCAACGGUGCCUCCUCGCCGGCCGCCGCUGGUGGUAGGUGACGUGGAUGCCGGCCAUCAUCUUCUUCGGCCGACGAGCCAAUGGCCUAACUUCGAACCUUAGCGGCGGGCGGAGAGCCGGCGGCGACCAAGCGGCGACCCGGCGAGGCGGAGAUACGACGGCGGGGCUUGGCUGCGCGACGGCUCGACGAAGCGGAGGUCCCGGCGGGGCUCGGCCGCGAGGCGCUACGCGACCGGGUGUAGCAGUGCAGGCGAAGCGGCGGCUUGAUGGGGCAGAGGUCCGGCGGCAACCACACGAGUGCACGCCGCCUCCAAGGCUCCGAGCAACCGCCGGCGGCCUCAUCCCCACCGUGAUAGUCCGCGCCCUGCGAAGCGAUCAGUGUCAGUGCCUACUCAAUCAGAGCCGGAAUCGGCGUGGCGCAGGGGAGCCGAGAUGUAGCAGGCGGAUUUUUGGAUUAAUUGGAAAGUCAGAACUUUUUCUCGAGGUAAGCGGUUCGGAUUUUACUCACCAGUCAAUUCGGUGGAGUUGGUUGGGAAUUCCGAGUCGCGUUCCAAAUAAAUCUCGCAGACCUAGUCGGAUUCGCCAACCUGAUCUUUAAAACAAGAGGCUGCCUUCCGCCUGUUCCCCUCAAGCUCAGACAGUGCAGGUUUUUGCAAGCAUUUGCCCUCAGCUGAAGCAACUCGUUCAAAGGGGACGGUGAUCCAAUUCUGGGUUUGCUGCAAUAGAGAUAGAGAUGUACAGCGUUUCAGGAAUGAUGAGCGUACAACGCUUGUGCCGUCUGAUCUUACGAGCUUUCCCCAAGAUCUUUGCUCUUUCCCCCAGUUUACUGAAGAAAUUCCAGAGACCACUCAUGGAGGCAGCUGUAGUGGGCACUGAAUUGCCGGAGCUUCCGCCGGAGAUCCUGAUGGAUAUCUUUGCUCUUCUGGAGGUACCGGACUUCGUGCGGGCUGGGUCAGUCUGCUCUUCGUGGCGAGCUGCUACACCAGCCUGUGCAUCAGACAGAGGACAGUACAGGCAGCAGCAGACACCAUGCCUACUGUACACCUCUGAAUCUGCUGGCUCGAAGGCCGUGGGUCUCUACAGCCUUGCGGAGAAGAAGGCCUACACAUUGACUCUCCCAGAUCCGCCUAUCUGUACUAGGGAUAUCCUUGGCUCCUCCUAUGGCUGGAUCAGCACUGCAGACGAGAGAUGCGAGCUGCACCUUGUCAAUCCCAUCAAUGGAGAGCAGAUUGCGCUGCCGUCAGUCAGCACCAUCGAGCAGGUGAAGCCCAUCUUUGAUGACACAGGUGACAUUUGUAAAUAUGAGUACUCGUGGUAUGCUGGGGAGGGGUGGGUUGCUUCAGACAGGGGGGAUUUAACAUUUUACCAUUAUAACGAUCGUCACCUCCUGAGAUAGUAUUUUUGUUUUUGGCACUACAGAUUUAGCAUCGAAGAGAGAAAAUCU